UUUCUCUACUGAGUUACUUCAGUCGGGAAAUUGUGUAGUGUAAAUAAGUUUCGUUUGAAUGCCAUGUAAAUAUAUGCGUUUUAGUGUUUAUUCAAGUGCCUUAAAUAAUUCAGGGCAUAGUUUAUAAAUUAUUUGUUCAUUAUUAUUGUCACUAAAUGCACUAAUGGAGUUUUGUGAUAAAUAAUCCAAUUUUUAAAUUUCAUAGUAACUUUAACGUUGCUGUUCAAUUGCAUCCUCCUCCAAGAGCUAUGGAUCAAAAUUCAUACUGUUCAGAAUUAGCUACUAGCGAUAGCCGACAUAUCGCUGGAGUGUAUGGAUCCAAUGGCUCAGAAUCAAAAUCGAGUUCACUAAAUUCGAAACUUGAGCAUGAAUCUGCUGAAAGUCAAAGCUCUCAAUCAAAAGGAUCCCAUUCCCCAUCAAAAUCUGUAUGCUCUUCAUCGUCUACUACGUCAUCUGAAAAUGUACCCUUUAAAAAAGAAGAACUGAAAUCAUUGCAGGAAUCCCAUUUAUCAUAUAGGAGUGAUGAGCCACCUCUUUUACCAGGUGAAAAGUUCCAUUCAAGAGCUAGAGAUGUCACUUAUCUGUGUCCUUUUACUGGUCCAGUUAGAGGAACCUUGUUUGUAACAAGUUACAAGCUUUAUUUUAGGAGUACUGACAAGGAGUCUCCCUUUAUAUUAGACGUACCACUUGGAGUUGUAAGCAGAAUUGAAAAAGUUGGUGGCGCUAGCAGUCGAGGUGAACUAUCUUAUGGCAUUGAAUUGUUUUGCAAAGACAUGCGUAAUCUGCGGUUUGCUCACAAGCAAGAAAAUCACUCUCGGCGGGAUGUUUUUGAAAAACUUCAGCAGUAUGCAUUUCCUAUUUCAAACAAAUUACCACUAUUUACCUUUGAAUAUGAAGGAAAGUAUGUGCUGAAUGGAUGGACUGUAUAUGAGCCUAUUGCUGAAUAUAAGAGACAAGGACUGCCUACAGAAAGCUGGAAGAUUACGAAGAUAAAUGAGCACUAUGAACUUUGUGAUACAUAUCCAGCCAUUUUAGCUGUGCCUGCAGCUGCAACGGAUGAAGAUCUAAGAGCUGUUGCAAAUUUUCGUAGUAGAGGACGCAUUCCUGUAUUAUCUUGGAUUCAUCCUGAAAGUCAAGCUAGUAUUACUAGAUGUAGCCAGCCUUUGGUUGGAGUUAGCUCAAAGCGGUGUAAGGAAGAUGAAAGAUACAUUCAGAUGAUUAUGGAUGCAAAUGCCCAGUCACAUAAGAUAUUCAUUAUGGAUGCUCGUCCCAGUGUCAAUGCAGUUGCAAAUAAAGCUCGAGGUGGUGGGUAUGAAAGUGAGGAUGCAUAUCAAAAUGCUGAAUUAAUUUUCUUAGACAUUCAUAAUAUUCAUGUUAUGAGAGAAAGUUUACGGAAGCUUAAAGAAGUUUGUUUUCCAUCCAUUGAUGAAAAUCACCUGUUGUCGAGCAUUGAUUCAACACAUUGGCUUGAACACAUACGUUUUAUUAUGACUGGAGCUUUGCGUAUAGCGCAUAAAGUAGAAAGCAACAAAACAUCAGUUGUAGUACAUUGUAGUGAUGGUUGGGACAGAACUUCCCAAUUGACAAGUCUAGCUAUGCUGAUGCUGGACCCCUAUUAUCGGACAUUAAAGGGCUUUGAAGUGCUUAUUGAAAAAGAGUGGAUAAGUUUUGGUCAUAAAUUUUCCCAACGUAUUGGCCAUGGAGAUGACAAACAUUCAGAUGCAGAUCGUUCACCAGUGUUUGUACAGUUUAUUGAUUGUGUGUGGCAAAUGACUCGCAAGUUUCCUAAUGCUUUCGAGUUUAACGAACAUUUCCUGAUAACAAUUUUAGACCAUUUGUACAGUUGUUUAUUUGGAACGUUUCUCUUUAAUUCUGAAUGCCAAAGAGUGAAAGAGGAUCUGAAGAACAGAACAGUGUCAUUGUGGUCUUUCAUUAACAGUAAUCAAAGUGAUUUCAUUAAUCCAUUGUACACAACUCACCAGCAACAGCAUAUUCUUUUUGCCGUGCCCAGCAUAAGAUGCAUUGAGUUAUGGAAAGGAUAUUACUGUCGUUGGAAUCCUCGUAUGCGCCCACAGGAACCAAUUCAUAUUCGUAGUAGGGAAUUAUUAGCAGUAAAGGCUCAGCUUUUACGUAAAAAGGAAGAACAGAAGAGGGAGUUAGAAGUCAAAAAUGCCCGUAAUCUUAAUUCACCUCCUCAUUUAUCAUCUCCUGUGACUGUAUAACAUUUUUCUGUUUAUAGUUGUUGCCUCAAUUUAAAUUGAUAACAAUGAAAAUAUGACAUAAUCUGUGUAUAAUAUAUAUAUUCACAUUCUAUAGUUUUUUAAAUAUUUAAAAUAUAUAUAUUUUCUUUCUGUUUUUUUACUAUAUAAUUGUUACGAAUGAAACUGCAGCCUUUUAAGGUGCUAGUUUCUUGCUUAAAAAUACAAUUUUUUACAUAUUGUUUCUUUAACACAUGUUGCUUGAAAAUAUAUUUAAAUAUGCGCCGAUUUAUUUCUUAAAACGAUUUAUUGUCUAGUCGUAUAGCUUUAACAUGUAAGUGGAAUACACAUGUAUAUUAGCUGUUUUAAAAGUUUUGUAUUGAAUUAUUCAAAUAUCUGUAUAGUUCUUGAAAGCAAAUAUUCAUUAUACUAAAAUCUUAUAUUGUAUGAAUUUAUAAGGCAUGCUAUUUAAAUUAUUCUCUGUUUGGAUAAAUAAAUGAAAUAUAUUUGCAUUAUUGUAUUUAAGACCAUAAAAAGAAGCUUCAUAAAUCC